AUGGAAUAUCUUGAAGCCGGCAACCUGGCAACAUAUUUGCAUGGUACGCCGCCUUUAUCAGAGACCGAUGCCAAAGAAGUUUCAUAUCAGAUCCUCGAUGGUCUAUGUAUGAUGCAUGAAAACGGCUUUGCCCACCGAGAUUUGAAACCACACAACAUCCUUAUCAAAUCACAUCCCCCAAAUGGCGAGUGGUGGAUGAAGCUUGCGGAUUUCGGUAUAACCAAACGCAUCGAAGAAGGACUUGGGCAAUAUUCGACUGCUAAAGGCACACGGAGAUAUAUUGCACCCGAAGUCUGGGGAUUUGUGGAACAAGGCAGCCCUUAUGCAGCUGAUAUACGGGCACUUGGUGAGACCGUUUUUGAGAUUCUCGCGAAAAAGCCCUCUUUCCGACCAAGAUCACUUGCUCUUCAUAAAAGCGAGCAAGAUUUCCCAGCGACAGAGCUCCAUAAUACUGGAGUUAGUCAGCUUGGUGUCGGCUUUGUGAAGUCUCUUAUGCAACCUUAUCCCAAUGAUCGAUCAACGGCAAAGGCUGCUUUGGCAGAUCCGUGGAUAGCGACAGUGCCGAUAGAACCGAUCCAGAAACUCCAAAUUGCGCAAAAUACUUGA